GGGCUGUGAAUUUGGGUGCUGAUUCUGGGUCCUGCCUUUUUUGUGGUGGCCGGGCUGCUUUUGUCCCCCAUGAAGCAAGGAAGGGAAGUUUGCCUCACGGUUCUGAGCUUCAUUACGAGUCCGAGCGUGGCGCGUGGCGCUUUUUUGAUUUCAUUCCGUGGGUGAUGCCGUUGGAGGAGGAGGCAGCGGAGGCGAGACUGAGAAUGGGGCGAUGCGCGGAAAUUGUGUAGCGAGGAUUGAUCCUGGAUUUGGGGUUGAGGAUUGUGGGCUGGAGGUUGUUUUGGGAGGAGAAGGGAAUUUGGUGGGAGGUCGAGGGGACGGGGUUCGUUGCAAUGGCGCCGAUGGUUCUUCUCCUGAAUGCGACCAAGGUUGUGGGCGUGGUGGGUGCAAUUACGGUAGCUGCUAAUGCGUUGACGUUUCGCCAUUUUUACAAGAAGAAUAUAGCUCCAUUCCCAGACCCGGUGGACGAGACGAAGGAGGUCUUGGCUGAAUUCCCUAUUGACAAAGAAGUUGAGGAUGGAGGUUUCUUCUUUGCACUUGCAACAGCGCCGGCUCAUGUGGAAGACAGAUUGGAUGAUGCGUGGUUGGAAUUCGCCAAAGCCGGUGAACCUAAAGACAAUCCUGCAGGGGAUCCACCUGAGACCCGUACUGGUGAAAAGGAUAACGCCGCCUCUUAUUCUGGAAUCUCGCUCACUGAAGAAGCGCAGGCUGAGGAGAUUAAGAAAGGAUUGGGGCGCAGUGAAGCACCGGAUGUUGCUGGAACGGAAGAGCUUUCAAGUGAAAGUGGAAGCGUUAAGAAUAGUGACGGGCUAGGUGGUGAAUGGGAAGUCUUAUCUGAGAAAGAUAAAUUAGAUGCUGAAUCCGAGAAGGCUGACAAAAGUUCUGGCAAACUUGAGGAUGCCGCUAAGGCAGUCGAGGAGACUUUCACAGAAGGUCAGAAACUAAUUACUGAAGAGGAAAAGCUCGAGACCAUGAGCCAAAAACUGGAUCCUGAGGCUCCGAAGAGGCCCCGACGUGUUGGCUUUCAGAGCAAGAGUACAGUGGAACCGAGUCUCAUGAAUGUCCCUCGCAGAGCUAAGAAGUUAGCUAAAUUGUCUAUGGAAGCCCUGAUUCGAGGUUUUGAGAGGUUCACUGAAGAGGAAGUGCCACACAACGUGGCUGCAUGGCACAACGCAAUUCGUCCAGAAGAAAGAUUGCGUUUUUGGUCAGACCCUGACACGGAAAUAAAGCUCGCUCAGGGCACAAAUUCAACGGUUUUCCGUAUGGGUGUUGAUUGGAGCCGGAUUAUGCCCAUUGAACCUAUUAGCGGUAUUGAGAACGCGGUUAAUUGGAUGGCCGUAAAGCAUUAUCGGUUUAUUAUUCAAAGGGUACUUGACCAUGGCAUGAAAGUGAUGCUGACCCUCUUUCAUCACUCUCUUCCUCAAUGGGCAGCACAGUACGGUGGAUGGAAAGACGCCAGGACUAUAAAAUACUUCUUAGAUUUUACAAGAUUAGUAGUGGAUAAGUAUGGAGACCUUGUGGACUACUGGAUUACCUUCAAUGAGCCACACGUUUUUGCUAUGCUCACCUACUGCGCUGGUGCAUGGCCAGGAGGAAAUCCUGACAUGCUGGAGACAGUGACCGCCGCGAUGCCAAAAGGAGUGUUCCCGGUUGUUAUGAAAGCUAUGGCUGAUGCUCAUCUUGGUGCCUAUGAUAUCAUUCAUAAUAGCGGGAAAACCAAGAAGCCAGCGAGAGUAGGAAUAUCACAUCACGUGUCCUUCAUGCGACCAUAUGGGUUGUUCGAUACGCCUCUGGUGGUAUUUAGCAACUGGAUGACACGAUUUGCAUACUGCGAUGAUGUGGCACACAAAUGUGAUUUUAUGGGCAUUAAUUAUUAUGGCCAGGAGGUGAUCUCAGCACCUGGUCUUAAGAAUGUUGAGAAUGAUGAAUACAGCGAAUCUGGACGGGGUGUCUAUCCAGAUGGGUUGUUUAGAAUGCUGAUGGAGUUUCAUAAACGCUAUCAAAAGCACAAUAUGAAAUUUAUUAUUACAGAGAACGGUGUGUCAGACGCCACCGACUAUAUUCGUCGACCAUAUCUUAUUGAGCAUCUACUUGCUGUCCGAGCAGCAAUGGACCAGGGUGUGCGCGUUCAAGGUUACUGCUUCUGGACAAUCUCAGACAACUGGGAAUGGGCCGAUGGGUACGGUCCAAAGUUCGGUCUCUGUGCUGUGGAUCGACACAAGGACCUUGCGCGUCACCCCCGUCCUUCCUAUCAUCUUUACUCUGAGGUGUCAAAAACUGGGAAAAUAACGAAGAAACAGAGGCUGGCUGUAUGGGAAGAUCUUCAGGACCAAGCUAGGCAGAGCAAGAUGAGACCAUUUUGUCGAGAAACCAAUGAUCAGGGCCUCAUGUUUGCAGGGGGUCUGGAUGUGCCAAUGGAUCGACCCUUCGCUGUUCGAGAUUGGCGCUUUGGAAAGUACGAGGUAGAAGGUCUUCAAGAUCCGUUAAGCUCUUUUGUUCGUUACUUCCGUGAGCGAACCCCCUUCAGGAAGAAGAGCAAACAGCAGAAGAAGUCAAUCUCGAACCCAGCACUCACUGCAGCUUAGAUUUGGAGCAUUUCUCUACGUACAGCUUACCAGCAUGUGUACAAAUUUCUUUUCAGUUGUUCAUGAAUAUUGAUACGGCGGAACAUGCUUCGAGUUCAGUUCCGAUAUCCUGCGCUGUGAAAUGUGCCUUUGUGUCGAAUACUUAUACUUUUGUACAUUUGUAGCAUUUGGUUCUCUGAAGUUGAUUGGAGGUGUAAUACCGCAAAUAAGGAAACUAUUCGGUUUGAGAGGCGAAAUUCGGGUUAGCUGCAAGGAGGGUGGCAUCAAGUACUCACCAGAAAUAGAGGGCUAGGAAGGAUAAAAUUGGAAUGCUGUUGAUAGCUUGAACCGAAUCUUGGAAAUUGUAAUGUAUUUGUGAUCUUUCUACACAUAUUUCACUCAAGCUUAUGUUACAAUUGACUUUCAAA